AUGGUGAAUGUGUCUGAAGUUCGCGACAGUCUGGCCCAGGCCGCCCAGUUCACCCGAGUGGCGAUGCGCUGCCUGAAUACAGGACGAGACUCACAUGAUGCUUCCAUUCGUUCAUUAUCGCUACUUACGGACUUAUUGGAUCUUCUCUAUCGCAUCAAGGAUGAGAUUAGCUGGGCCGAACAGAAAUGGUUCGUCGCAGUCGGGCGCCUUCGGGCCCUCGACGAGCUUCUCUCGUGGUUCAGAUUGAGCAUGAAGUCUCUCGAGCUCUACUUCCAACCUGGAGGUGUAAGCCCCUUCUACUUUCGAAAGCACCUUUUGGAUAAAACCUAUAUUCCCCGAUUGGAGCAAUACAAGAUUAUGUUCCUUCUGUCCAUGCAGCCUGAUUCCGAGGAACGAGCAAUGUUAGAUAGGCAGAUUCGAUCCGAUUUGAAGCGACACCGCGAUGUGGAAACUAGUGGUCUCAAAAAUGAUCAGCAGUUUGAAGAUGAUACCCUAAGUCUAACUAGUCGACUGUCGUCCGAACAGUUUAUCACCCUUGCGGACCUUUGCAACCGACGACAACAGGGAUCUUGCUCGUGGAUCUUUGAAAAUUCAAACUUCAGGCAGUGGUUGAUAGGAGGUUACAGGACGCUGUAUUGUAUCGGGCCUCCGGGUGCUGGCAAAACAUUCUUAUCGUCCCUCAUCAUCGACUUUCUUCAAAAGACAUUUACUUCACCCGAUGUCGCAACAGUGUUUGUCUUUUGCCAAGGCGAGAGUGGGAAAGAAGGGCCAUCAAUCGACCUGUUAAAGACCGUUCUGGCUCAGUUGGUUUUCCGAAAGCGCAGCCUUUCUUAUGCGACGUCUUCCUUGUACCAAGCGGAAGCUCUGAGGAAAGGAAGUGCUUCCUCCAAGGCAUACCAAAAUGCCAUCCGAGCCGAGAUCAAUCGUUUCUCGAAAGUACUGUUGAUUCUUGAUGGACUUGAUACGUUUUCAGAUAAAGAUCGCAUCUUGGGCCGAAUGCACAAGCUUCCGCAGCAUGCACAACUGCUUGUUACGCUGCGAGAAAUGAAUGGCACAAAGCCACUGGACAAUUCAGGAUACGUGAGCGUCUUGGCGCCACCGGAGGACAUUGGACUCUACACCCUUGCCCGUACAAAGUCGGACAGCAGUAUCCGCAAUAUCAUCGGAGAAAAGAAUCCAGAUAUCAAAUUUGAAGAUGAAAUUCUUCAUUCUGUGGUGGAAAAGUCUCACGGAAUAUUCCUGCUGGCCAAAAUCCAUCUGGAUCUCUUAUCACAGUAUAAUGAUAAAGCUUUACUUGAGAAGGCGCUCCUUAAUCUUCCCGAAAAUCUUGCAGAGGCAUAUGGGGAGUCAAUGAAACAAGUCGUUAGCCACAGCUCAUCGGCAACUCGUUACGUUUACUGGGCUCUUUAUGCCUUAAGAUCACUGUCGGUCGCUGAACUUCGAAGUGCUGUUGAUGAUGAUACCACAGCAAAGCCAGAUUCAAUGACAUUCGAGCAUUAUCUCCAGAUCCAGAGCGCAGGGCUCUUGACUGUUGAUGCAGUCUCUGGUAGUGUUCGAUUUGUUCAUCGAACCGCAAAGGAGUACCUCGAGGGCUCUGCAGCCAGGGUCUUCUUCCCAUCGGCACAAAAGGACAUCACAGAAGCUUGCUUGUCAAUAAUUAGUCCCGACGAAGUGGUAGAUGAGUGCUAUGACAACGAACCGGGCUCAUCUCGGAUCAUUAACAAAGGCCUCGUCAGCUAUGCUGCGGCUUACUGGGGUCUACAUGCUCGAGAGGUGGAUGAGGAUGAGCAGACUUUCCAGGUGCUGAUCAAAACUUUCCUCAAUAAGCUUCUUUGGAGAAGGCCACCUCUUGAUUAUGAAAGAGGAAGAGCGAACGGUAUGCCAUCCGAGCUAGGUCUGGGAAAGUACCCCAAUGACUGGACUGGUCUUCAUUUCCUGGCAUUCUUCGGGAUUCCCGGGAAAGCCAAGCGGCUUUUGGAACAGGGCGCAAAUGUGAAUGCUCAAGAGAACGCUUUAGGUGUCACACCGUUGCAUUGUGCCGUUUACCAAGGCAACGACGAAAUGGUGGGAUUCUUGCUUGAGAGAGGAGCCAGUGUCAAUGCGACCAACGCCUAUGGCCAGACCGCUCUGCAUAUCGCAUCCAUCAAAGGUUACCGGAAAUGCAUGAAGCUUUUGUUUGCCGAGCACAUUGACUUCCAUAAGCUUGACAACAGGGGCGAUUCGAGUCUUCAUGCUGCCGUUGGAACUGCGACUGAUGAGUCUACAGUCCCACUACUGGUCAAGUACAAGGUGGAUUUGGAUUUGCAAAAUCCAGAUACUGGAAACACUGCUCUUCAUAUAGCAGUAAAGUGUCGGCGACCUCGAAUCAUUUUGUUUCUUUUGGAAAAGGGGGCGGCCAUUGACAUCGCGAAUGACGACGGCUACACUCCUCUCCAAUUGGCAGCCAACAUGGAUAACUGCGAGGCAAUCUCUCUCCUUCUUCAGCACUGUGCUCACAUAGAGGCAAAAUCACUUUCCGGCCCUACAGCUCUACAAUACGCCGCCUGGAAAGGACAUUGGAUUGCCUUUGAUCUCCUCCUCAUUGGCGGAGCCGAUAUCAACGUCUGGAACAAGCAAGGCGAGACUCUUCUCCAUGAACAGGCUCGCUAUAGUGUUCAUACUGGAGUUGUCACCAAGCUUCUUAAUCAAGGAGCAAACAUUGAAGCUCGCACGUCCCAAGGAUACACUCCUCUUCAGUGCGCUGCUAUGAAUGGAAACAAAGUCAUGUUCCGACUGUUGCUCGAUUGGGGAGCCAAGAUCGAUGUUCAGACAGCAAAGGGUGAAACAAUCCUCCAUCUUACUCCGCCAUCCAACCAGAGCUGUCUCGAUAUUUUGAAGAUGGCUCUAGAUGAAGGUCUCGACGUGAAAGCAAUGUCUUUUCAAGGCUGGACCCCACUCCACCAGACCGUGUAUACAGGAACAGGGGUCCCAGAGAUUUCAUCUGAUCGCACUGCUGAAUACAUUCAACUAUUGCUCAGCAAUGGUGCCUCCAUAAAUGAAUUGACGGGGUCGGCCUCUGCCGACACCCCUCUGCAUCUUGCAACAACAUCGCCCGAUCCGCGGGCAUCUCUCGUUGAGUACCUCGUUCAAUAUGGUGCAAACGUGAACACUACGAAUGGUGAAGGGAAAACACCUCUUCAUCUCGCCGCUGAACGUGGACGCGAACCAGUAUUUCGCGUACUCCUCGAUUCUGGUGCCGAUCUAUCUCUCGAGAUUCCUACAGAGAAGACCGGUACUAUCAAGGCAGACUUUGAAGAUCCUGAAGACUUUUACAAGGAGACACCUGUGACGGCUUUCCAGCUUGCAAAGAAGAACCCAUUUGGAUCGCUGUGGUUUGAUGAAGAAGGACAACUGCGUCCAGUUCCCCAAAGGAGUAGAAGGGACAGCACAACAACCAUUUUUGAAGAUGAUGACUCCGAUUCCUCUCAAUCGAAAGCUACUGGUGACACUACUUUGGUGGGAAGUGAAGCUCCGCACAUAGACGUGUAG